AUGUCCUCCAUUUUAAGCACAAGUGACAGUGAAGACUCUUCACCCUCAGUUAGGGCUCACUCCAGGGUUCUAAACUGUAAAUGGGAAGAAUGUUCGUCAAGCUUUUCCUUUCUGAACGACUUGGUAAAUCACUUGCACGAAG